UACAGGUCUUAAACUAAAGCAGUAUCAGGUGGACACAUGGACUACCCGAGAACAGUUAUGUCUUGCAUCAGCUGUACUAAGGAGUGGAGACCAAAACUGGGUCGCUGUCAGGCGUAAUAUCAAGAUGUUAACAACAGAGCACAAUAGACCUCCUGACUGGUAUUCUACCAAGAACUGUGCUCUUCAGUAUGCCAAAUUGCUAGAACGUGUUGACACUCCAAAACGGAAGAGGGAGCGCAGUGAUUCUUCAAAUGAAACGCCUGGUGAAGUUGUGACAAAGAUGCUAACCAAACAACGUGUUGACGAACUGACAACCCUAGUUGUUGAAGAGAAGUCUGAGUAUAAUAAACAAAAACGAGAAAUUCAAGAAUUAGAGUCUGGACGUUUAGACCAUCAGUUGGAUGCCUUAUGGGAGCAGCUUCUGAAAGAACGAGCUGAGGAAGAGGAGGAAGAGCGUCGUUACCAGCAGUGGCUUAAAGAACGAGAGGAGAAAAUAACAGCCAUUCAACAAGCCUUGAAACACCAGGGACCAAAAGUGCAUAUCCCACCAAAUAAAAAUAAAAAGAACAAACCACCGUGGCCCGCCACUUCCAGUGGAGUGAGAAGAAAUAGUGGGAUGUCAGAAACUUCCUCGGAGCUUGACAGUGCAGUGGAUAGUCCUGAUGUUCAUGAAUCCAAUGAAAACUCUGGCCAAGAAGGAGGAACUCAGGAACCUGAGCCAAAACCAACACCAACAUCUCCGUUAUUGUCAUCCCUGUUGAGUAAAUCGCCUAUAUUGCCUAGUUCUUCCAACUCGCCUUUAUCUCAAGCACGAGGACUAAGACCUGGGUAUUCUCAUGUAUCACUUGCUCUACACAAUCUUGUAACAUCUGCAAUAUCAGGGACUGAUUCAGUUACCAAGUCAACGACCUCUUCAGCAUCAGGGUCAUCAACAUUAUCCCGACUUCUAGACCUUCCACCAAGCACUCCAGGAGGACCUUUGCCAAGGCUAAGUGAUUUACCUACUUCGUCAUAUGAAGUGAAAGAUUCGGAAAAAUUGACAUCUCCCAUCAAAGAAGACAAAGAGAGUAAAAGCUGUGGGCAGGAUGGUAAAAGUAGUGGCUGUGGGUCCUCUGGAGUAAAUAUUGGAAAUAUUACAGAAAUCAAAGAAGAGAAAUCAUCUUGUAGACCAUCCAUGGAAGUGGUUGAGAAGGAGGAUGAGAGUGAAGGUGGUGAGAAAGGAGGAGGAGUAGGAGGAGGUGGAGGAGAAGAGAAAAAGGGGAAUUGUGAAGUGAAAGAAGAGUCAAAGGAAGAAUAUUGAGAAUUUUGUGUCAUCUAAUGUUCAGAGCAGUGGAAGUGACGAGAAGAGUUUAAAAGCUGCAAAGGAGCGUGAUAUGAAAAGGAGAGAAGAGAAACGAAAGGAGCAGCUGAAAGAGAAGAGAUUGGAAUCACUUCUUAAAGAAGAAAGUGGAAGUGAAACCAUGAACAGGAGAGAAGAUAAUUCAGAGUCAAGGGAUAAAACUGAUGAUGACGACGAUGAUAGGAAAGCUAAGGUAGUAAAAGACUCCAAAUUAUACAAGGAAUUAGAAAGCCAAAGCAAGAAGCCUGAUAAAAGUGAGAAGAAAGAUUUAGAUGACUAUGAACAAGAUAACUCAGAAAGCAAGGAUUGGAUGAGUGAGGAAGAUGGAAAUUUUCAAAGAAGUGGGAAGAGGAAAAUCUCAGGAGCUGAUUACCUUGGAUAUUCCCCACAGAUAUGCGAAUCUGCUCCAACUUCUCCAGCUUCUACACAUUAUGGUGAUGACAUGGAGAGUGAACGAUCUUACAAAUCCUGGAAGAAACCCAUCAUGAUUUUGUGGAAUGAGAUAGCUGCUCACCGCUUUGCAUCCAUCUUUUUGCGCCCUAUCACAGAUGAGCAGGCACCAGGAUAUCACUCGGUGGUAUACAGACCAAUGGAUUUGCAAACCAUCAAGCGAAAUAUUGAAAGUGGUAUGAUUCGAAAUACAGCUGAAUUUCAGCGAGACAUGAUGCUCAUGUUUCUCAAUGCUAUUAUGUAUAACACUAGUGACCAUAAUGUCCACCAGAUGGCUCACCAGAUGAUGCAAGACACCAUUGCAACAAUUGAGUCAUUUCUUAACACCCAGAUGUUAGCAAGAGCAGAAGAAACUCCUCAAAAAUCAUUAAGAAGAGAAACUCGUGAAUCCUCAGCAAAAAGAAGUGAUGACGAUGUUAAGAGGAAGAGGGACCAUCAAGAUGAUAAAAGUACAAAGAAAAGAAGAUAAAAGUACUUUUCCUACUUUACCAACCUUGGUACUUCAUAAAUUAUUGAUUCUUUACUUCGCUUCUUGAAGCAAGUUCUGUAAACUGGACUGCAUUGCAGAUUCCAAGAGACUUUCUCAAGUCUGCACUACAGAAUUAAUUUUGCUGUGCAACAUGUUUUGCAUUAACCAUGUUAUAAAUUUAGACUAUAGUUUCUUAUGAAAUAUAUUAACUUUUUUCAU